AUGCGGAAGAAAUAUCACUGCUGGGCCUCGGCCUGGCUUCAGACCAUUCUUUGUUUUCUUCGUUUGGCAGAAGGAUCCACAGCCGACGCCCAGGUCGUGCUAGCAUCUGGGAAGGGCGGAGACAGGCGGCCUCAGGGUGCCCUGGCAGUUACUCGUGACAUUGAGCGACGGGUGGUCCAGGCUGGAGGCAACACGGUAGGUGUUCUGGUGGCAUCGCUUUCUUGGACUUCUGCUGACGACCUUGACCUGCACAUGCUUUUGCCAGGUGGUCAGGAAAUCAGCUACAGGCACAAGACGGCGGAAGGUGGUGAGUUGGAUGUUGACAUGUGUGUGCAAGGGAAGCAUGGUGGCAAUUGUGCUGACCGGCCAGUCGAGAACAUUGUGUUCCAGGAUGACCCACCUGCAGGGCGCUACAAGAUCUUUGUCCAGAACUUUAACUACCACUUGAACACCCUGCCGGAGAACAUGCAGGUGGCCCGAAUGCAGGAGGGCCGCAAGGCUUCGAAAGAGGAGAUGCAGCUUCGCCUUAGCCAAGAUCGACCGGUGCUGUUCGACCUGCUGCUCAAGGUGCACGGAAGCAAGAAGCUCUUCGAAGGUCUCUGCACGCCGGCAGGAAAAACGCACGGAAGUAGCGAUGUAAUUGUCUUGGAAUUCGACUAUGACCCCACGAAGGAUGAGGACGAGAGGUUCAUUCCGCACUUUGAAGCCGUCGCGGCUCAAGAAUGCCUAAGAUACUCGGAGAAGCUUGCCCUGGCUGGCUCGGAGGCACGUGCUUUGCCGGGAAGCCCGCGCGAGAAGUCUGUUCAGCCAAGAACAUCCGAUGGCAAGGUGAAGCAAACAGGCGGUGGAGGUGCAAAGGCACAUCGCGCUGGCAAGCGAGCAGGUCAAGGCAGGGAAGAUGCAAAGCACGCAGCGCUUCAGGCAGUUCGGAGUUCCUCUCCAGAACUGCUCGCUGCCAAGCCGGCAUCGGUGCUGCGGUCUUUGCUGUCUGAUCUGGGUGCUACGUGCAAGGGCUGCAUGGAAAAGGCGGAGCUGGUUGAGAAGCUGCUUGCUGCGGCCGAUGUUAGGUCAGAGCUCUGA